GUGUGGGCGCACCGCAACGCCUUGUCCGGGCUCUUCCGGUACGUGGGACAUGAUGGGCUCAUUUCCCGAGACCAGGUGAAGUGGUGCCUGGAGGCCUUGAAUUCCUCGAUCAACGGAGAGUUGUUACAGGCCAACAUAGAGCAGAUAGUGAAGGCAGUCAAGUUCAAAGAUGACUUGGUUGCCGCGGAGCAACUUCUGAGCGCGUUUCAUUUAGUUGAUUUGUUAAGCAACACCUGA